UCACAAGGCAUCACUAGUUGAGUGACGAAUGAACUAUUCAGCAGUGUAGCUAACUCGUCAACGUAGUCGACAGCGUUAGCUGAACUACCGUUAUGUUUACUAUUAUUACAUAUUCCAGACUACGGCCAUGUGUUCUCCGUCAGUAUUACGUGAGCAGUGGAGGGGCAACGAAAAUGUCAGUCGACAAAGAAGUUGACUGUCGUCGAUAUCACCCAUGCUUGGAAAAAAACACCAGCAAGCAGCUCUACGCUGCAGCUGGGACUGAGAGGAAAGAUGUACAUACUUCGGCUGUCAAUGAAGCUAAAAGCUUAAUGAAAAAGUUUGCAAACAAAUCCAAAAAGAAAGGCUGGUACGAAACGCCACCCCGGUCUGCACCUAGUCAGACAGACUUUGUGAAGAUACCUAAAAAGCAGAGCCAGGAGGAUACACAGCGGACCCGGAUAUUGAACUCGGUUCUGUAUAAAGCCAUCUCCGAACUGCUGACCUCCCCAGAACUCAACUCGAAGGUCAUCAAUUACGGCGUGGAGAUCUCCAAAGUGUCAAUGUCUCCAGAUUUUUCCAGUUGCCGAGUGUACUGGAAGAUCAGUGGAGUAUCAGAACAAGAUGAUGUUAUUCAGAUGGCUCUGGAAAGGAGCAGUCCUAGAAUUAGGUACUUGAUCAUGUCCCACCAAACCAUGGGUGGUGUGCCUCCCCUGGUAUUCAUCAAAGAUAAACAGUAUGCAGCAAUGGCCAAGGUAGAGAUGCUCCUAAAGGAAGCUGACUUUGGACCAAAGGACCUUGAUGGUUACACUGAUGAAGGACAACGAUUGCAUAUGGCAGAGACCCACUCCCCUGCUGUGGCUGUGAAGCCGGUUCUGUUCGGUGUCGACCACGAGGCCCUUGGCCGUCAGAUCCAGGACUAUAAGCUCCGUAUCAAGGAAGCAGGGUUGGAAUCUGAGGUAUCGUCACCAGCUUUUACAGAGGCACAGCUGGCGGCUCUGGAGGAAUACAGGAAGCAGAAAAUUAUCGCCAAGAAGAAGAAGUCCAAACGGCCCAUGGAUGAUGACAUCACGCCGAGGGAGUUUCUGCUAGCACAAAUGGGACAAGGUCAGCGAGCAGAGCCUGAGGAAGACAGAGCCUUCAGCCAGGAAGAAGUUCAGCUCAAAGAACUGAUGGCAGAUGAGGACAAGAAGUCCUAAUAAAAUACUUUCUGUGUAGUGAUAUUCAGUGUACUGGAUAUCUGGGGCAGUGUGACUUAAAUACAUACUUCAGUGAGGGGAUGGAAGGAAUAUUGUAAAGAAUUUGAUCUUCUGCAUUGAAGACAUUGAUCACUGGGAUAUUGUGUUUAGUUUUGUAUUAUAUAAAUGCCAAUAAACCUUACGUCAAAAAGUA